AGAGGAAGUGGACAACACAGAAAUGAUUAUCAUCAAUGACAAACGACAUGAAACAAUAGAGAAGGGGCAAAUUUACAAGGACAAAGAAACAUUGAUAAGUACACUAUGCUACUUUGCAAUCAAGAAGACAUUUCAAUACAAAGUAGUGAAAUCUUGCACAAAAGAAUACAACAUAGUGUGUUUGGACACAAACUGCAAAUGGAGUUUAAAGGCUACAAAAAAUGGAAACACAGAAACAUUCAUAAUAAGGAGCUACGAAGAAGAACACACAUGUGCAGUUACAAUAAGAUUUGGAGAUCAACGACAAGCUACAUCAAAGUUGAUAGCAGAUUUUGUAAAACCAAAAUUCUUGAACCUGAAAACAAAGUGCAGCCCUGCAGACAUAAAGACAGAAAUGAAAGACAAAUACGGAAUAAAGAUGAAUUACAUGAAAGCAUGGCGUAGUAAAGAGCGAGCACAAACCCAGCUACAUGGAAAUGCUAAAGAGUCGUACAAUCUCUUGCCAAGAUACCUGUACAUGCUACAGAAAACAAAUCCAGGAACAUUAAUAGACAUAGAGAAAGAUGAUGAUGACAGUUUCAAAUAUGCAUUUGUUGCAUUGAAUGCUGCUAUAAAAGGUUGGCCAAACUGCAAACCAAUCAUCGUGGUAGACGGUACAUUCCUAAAGGCCGCGUAUGGAGGCACGUUGCUCACUGCCAACACACAAGAUGCAGAAUCGAAAAUUUUUCCACUAGCAUACUGCAUAGUUGAUUCUGAGAACGAUAAAUCGUGGGAGUGGUUCUUAAAAAAAAUAAAAGAAGCAUUCGGGGUUCGAGAAUGUCAAUGCCUAAUAUCAGACAGACAUGAAAGCAUCAUCAAAGUAACUAGGAAAGUGUUCCCUAAAAUAACACAUGGCUACUGCAUCUUCCACCUCUUGUCGAACCUCAAAACAAAAUUCAAAAAAAAUGCAAAGCAUUUCAGAGUGCCAUUCUUUGCAGCUGCAAAAGCUUACACAGAAAUGGAGUUUGAAUUCCAUAUGAGAGAGCUAGACAACUUGGAUAAGCGCAUAAGACCGUACCUGGAAAAAAUUGGCCAUGAAAAAUGGUCAAGGUAUCAUUCAGAAAACAAUAGGUGAAAACUAAUAAGAAGGAUAAAAUUAAUGAUAUAUUCAGAUAUUUAAAGCGUUGUAUUUGCGUUGUUUUUGCGUUGCGUUUGAGUUUUUUUUCAAAAGUACAACUAUGAUAGAAACUGUCCAAAUUAUAGGUACUCUACCAUGACAUCAAACAUAGCUGAGGCACUGAACUCAGCAAAUUUAGCAGCAAGGGAAACACCAGUGACAACAUUAAUGGAGUGCUUGAGGGCACAAAUGCAAGA